AUGGCUGUUAAGGGUAGUGGUUCCCUGAAGAGAAAGGGAGCUCAGCUUGACCUCGACGGCGAACCGUUGACGGAAGCAGAGGCCGCCCCAGAACAGGAGCAGGAGGCACAGGAGAAGGAGGAGCAGAAGAGCCCCAAGCCAAAGAGCCCAGCCAAGCCCAAGAGCAAGAGCAAGCCGAGCAAGCCGCAGACCUCCCCCAAAGCAAAGGCGAAGGGAAAGGCCAAAGCAAAAGCAAAAGGCGAGAGCAAGCCCCCAGCAAAAACACCCAAGGCCAAGAGCACAGCCAAAGCUACCCCCCAGCCGAAGGCCAAGAAAACUAAGCCGGGGAAGCAGCUCAAGGAGGGGGACAACAACAACAAGAACGUGACCAGACAGGAAAGCUUCGCUGACAAGGCUUUGCAGUGGAAGCUUGCAGCCGAGGACAAAGCCGAGGCCCAGGAGAAGCCUAAGGAGGAGCCCGAGGCAGAGGAGCAGGACGGCGACGAGGAGGACGACCAGGGCGGCGAAAAGAGGGACCUCGCCAAGGCCAGGAAAUUCAAGAGAAUGUCCGAUGCCGGUGCAAUCCCGGAACACAUUCAGGAGGUUCUGAGCAAAGCGAAGACCCGUGCUGCCAAGACGGAGCUGAUCAACGAGCUGUUCGACAAGAACGACAAAGGCAAGCUGAUCAUGAAAUCGGACAAGCCCGUGUUCGAGACCACGAAGCAGGCCAAGCAUCAGAAGUUUGGUCGAGAUGAAACCAUGGGGGCACCAAAGGAUGUGGUUUUGCACCGGGACUACCAUGGCGAUGAAAAGGCUUUGGAUGCUUCCAUUGCAAGGGGCACGGUGAUGGUGUGGCUGCAGGAUGGGGUAGAGUUCGCGGGCUAUCGGCAAACCGUUGCCGGGAUUGGCAAGACGGUGGAGGACAAGCACCAAGCGAAGAGUGGUGCCAAGGAGAUCACCGACGAGACCUUUCAGGCCCUCGACAAGGCCUUCCGAGCCAUGACCUUUUCGUUUGAUCAAGAUGACCAGCCCCGCCAGGCUAUCGCAGCAGAGGCAGCAAGCUCGAAGGAGCCCCCCGUCCUCAAGCAGUUCACGGAGUCCCAGCAAGCUUUGCUGGAGGAGGCCAAAGGAGCGAUGGAGCGGCUUCAUAGUGCUGCUAUGAGGAUGAUUUCAAAAUGCUCGCAAGCGAAGGACAAGGAGAGCUUCAAGCCGCACAUGCUUGCUAUGAAAUCAUGGAUGGACAGGGACGACCACCUGUUGCUAUGGAAAGAGUUCCCAGACUCAGAGCGGCCCCUCACCGCUGCAACCUUCAAGGACUACAUGUGUGAGCAUUCCGAAACGGCGGUUUCCUUGAACGAGGAGUGCGAGAAAUUCAAAGCCCUUUUGAAAGCAAGGAAGGAGCUGCGAGGUGGAGUGCAGCAGAGGCUCCAAAGAGUUGAAGCCAGAAAUGAUGCAGCUCCUGUUGCGAGCAAUCUGGCACAUGAGCUGUUGGAGCGAUGGUCGUGGGGCGAAGUGAGCCCUCAGGUGGUCCAAAAGCUGGCAGCUGCCUCCCAAAGGGACUUUCAAGCUGUCGGAGCGACGCCGCCCAGCGAAAUCGCUGCUUUAGCUGGCUUGGGAUCUGCUGGUCUGUAUCCGAAUAAUAUGCACAAGGAGAUUCUGAAAAUCGCAAACAAGAACAAUGCUUUUUCGAAGCCCUUCGCUGUCAAAAUGUCCUUCGAUGCCGAGCAUACCCUGCCUUUACAGCUACACGGGGACGGCACCCCUGUGGUGGGGAUAGGGAAAAUCUGGAGCAGGCAGCUGACCUCCUACACGUGGAACAGCCUGCUGGCGGUAUCCCGCCGGUACCGUGGAAGCCCGUCGAGCCGGGACGCCGCUGGCGAAUGGUGCAGAGGCGACAAUUCCGAUUCGAGCUGGCAUGAUUGCCGAACAAGUGCUCGGUGGCUCACGUUGGGAUGGACAAGGGAAUCAUGGUUGGCAUACCCGGAGCGAUCAUCGAGUGCCAUCUUCUCCAAUGCCACUGGUCUCACCCCAUUGAACGUGCACUACGAUUACAUGCACUGCAAGUAUUUGGGGGCAGACCAGAUCAGCUUCGGGUCGGUCCUUGAUUUGUUGGUGAGUCACCUCAUGGCAGACUCACCACUAACAAAUCUGGGACAAUGCUGGGACAAAAUCGUUACCUCGUACAAGAGACUGGGAAUCUCCGAGAGGUAUAGAGGCUUCCGCAAGCUGACAAUGUUCCAGAGGAAAAAAAAAUGCCCCAAGCUGAAAGGCAGGGCGGGCCAGAUUGCUGCUUUUGGCGAGCCCCUGUUGGAACUUUGGGAGGAGCACAUGCAUCCUGAUCUUGCUGUGCACUGCAAGAUCAGGACGUACUUGCGACUGAACAUCGCCAUGGAGAAGAUCAUGAAGGAGUGCCGAGCCGAGACUGCUUUCCCGGAGCCCCAGGCGACCAACUUCAUCGAAUAUGCCUUCGCUAUGUGCAAUCUUCAUAUGGAGUUGGGGGCACACUUCGAGGCCGAAGGCCUCAAGCUUUUCAGCCCUUUACCCAAGCUGCAUCUGCUUUUGCACACGGUUUUGCUUUGCCGCCACAUCAACCCGAGACUCACUUGGUGCUACAAAGGCGAGGACCUUCAAAAGGUCAGCAGGAGUUUGGCCGCCAGCUGUGCCCGAGGACUCAGAGGACCGGCGGUGACGGUGAAAAUGGUGAGCAAGCUCAGGGCGGCUUGGAACCUGAGGCUGAGCAAAGUCUCUGCAGACUGA